AUGUGCAUCACUUCAGCAGAGAGCACAACCAACACCUUUACAGAGAAAAAUAUCUCUUUGCAUGGUUACCAUUUAUGCAAUUAUUCUGUGAUAAAAAAUGUGAGCAAAACAGUUCCAUAUCAAAAAUCAUAUGAAAAACAAACACCAUGUGGAGGAUGGAUUCCUUGGAGAAUGUGCACCACAACCUAUUACAAAGAAGAGUACCAUCCUAUUAUGGUCCAAGAAGCUGUGAAUGUGACAGAUUGUUGUGCUGGGUAUGAACAAGUGGGUCUAUAUUGUUCUUUACCCAUAAACAGAUCCAGCGAGUUUGCUUCAAGACCUGGUGCCUGUCCCAUGAAGAUAGGAGAAGCAGUAAAGAGUUCAUGUGUGUCUGACAUGGAUUGUCCAAAAUAUAAAAAGUGCUGUAAGACAUCUACGGGAACCCAUUGUUCAGAUCCUGUUCCAGAAGAACAAACAGUGACAAGGUACUGGUAUAAUGUGUCAGUCCUUGUGAAAAGGGAUUUCAGUGAAUUAUACAAAGUAGCUCCCAGACUUCUGAAUCAUUCACGUCUUUUGCACUCCAUGAUUACUGGAGCAUUGUGGCCCAUGAACAUCUCUGUGUAUCAUAUCCAGACAACCAAGUCAGAAACUAAUGCAGAGACAAUAGUGUCUCAUGUCCUGGUGGGACUGCAGCAACUGGUUCCAUUGGUCAAUAUUUCUUCUUUGCUGAAGAAAAUUGUGAUCAGAGUAUAUGAUGUUAUUGAUGUUGUUGUACAAGAUUGUGAUCGUAAUAUACCCAACAUUCUGAUUAAAAAAAUGCAUUCUUCUAAUUUGCUGAGAAAUUCAAGAUCUGUAUCACCUGAAAUUCAUGUAUCAGUAGAUUCUGAAUGUGAUUCUCCUUCUAUUAGAAACCACAAGAUCUUCAGUGUAACUAGCAGCAGUUUUGAAGCAUCUUGGAGUAUAAAUUCUUUGCAGAACCAUUCAUUCCGAGCAGAAGUGUACAAAGACAAUGAACUUGUUGAAAGAAUGGAAACCACAGAUACGAAGCUAACUAUGUUAAAUCUAGAAGCAGGUAUAAUGUAUACAAUGAACAUCAGCUAUGAAGCUUGUGGUAAAAAUAUUACCUCCAGUAGAAUUGUGAAAACAGAUGCCUUGAUAUUUGGUUUAACUCUAAGGAUCUUGAACUAUAACUUCACUGACCAGUUUCUCAAUGUGAGCAGCAGAGAAUACCAGAAUUUUUCUAGAACUUUGAUGGCUGAGAUUAAGAAUUCAUAUCCUUCAAAUAUGAAUGCAUUACACCUAUCCAGGAAGCUGAAAGUACAAGUGGAUUCCAUUAAAGCUGGAAGUAUUAUUGUGAAGCUUAAAAUCAUAAUACAAGAUCUAAAAUUUCCAAAAGACUUGUCUGCAUUUGACUCAAUGAUUGUAUCACUUCACAACAGUUCUAUGCUUGGAAUUGACCCAAAGAGCUCUGCGGUGGAAGGCUUUCAUUUAAUUGGCAUUGCAGUUGAGGGAAAUGCAGCCUGUGAAAUGACAUUCAGUUCUUGUCUACUCAGGAAGCUGAAAGUACAAGUGGAUUCCAUUAAAGCUGGAAGUAUUAUUGUGAAGCUUAAAAUCAUAAUACAAGAUCUAAAAUUUCCAAAAGACUUGUCUGCAUUUGACUCAAUGAUUGCAUCACUUCACAACAGUUCUAUGCUUGGAAUUGACCCAAAGAGCUCUGCGGUGGAAGAUUGGGAUGAGUGUGCAUGUAGAGCAGAAAACGAUUGCAGUAUGUCUGCAGAGUGUAUAAAUACGGUGGGUUCAUAUAUAUGCAGAUGCAAGACAGACACAGAUGCCAAUCCAGCCCGACCAGGCAGAAACUGUGAAGGUGAAAUUGUGGAUCCUGUUACUACACAGGGAUCAAAUGUAACUGAUUAUACAACUACGGCACCUUCCUCAAUGGCAGAAAUACAGGAAGUGUCAUCUUUCACUAAGUAUACUGAAGCAAUGGUGCUGCCCUCUAGUGGCAUCCAGGAGUCAAGCACUCUUCCAGCAGAGGAGACAUUGGCAGCAUCUCAGAAGAUGAACAUAUUAGAGAAUUUCAGCAAGGAUAGCACCUUAAAUAGCCCAGAAACAGUUACUUUGGCUCCAAAAUGGUCAGGCAAUGUAACAAUCUCAAAUGGAACUGUAGCUGAAGAGAGAUGGACCACCCAAGGUCAGCAAAAUUCAUCAAUGACCUCAUCACUUGGAGUUUCAAACAUAGAAACCUAUUCUUUUAAGAGAAAUGAACCUACAGUAGAAGUUAGCACACCUGGCUUCUCAACUGAAAGAAGUUCUGAGAAUGUUGUAGCCGUGAAUGUUACCAAAAACCCCAAAUUUCAUGCUUUGAACCAUACCCUUGAUAGGCACAUAGGAGGAAAUAACAGCUCUUGGUCUAAUGAAAGAAACAGUACAGCAUCACCGUCUUCUUUCAAGGAGAAUAUGACAAUCUCCCUUGCUACAGAUUUGAGUGCACCAUUUCCAGCUGAAAGAAUAUUUUUUUCCAAUGUGACAAAUACUAGCUUUCAGAUUUCCUGGAUUACAUAUUUUCCAGCAAAUACUACUUUCCAUUUUCUGCUCUUUGAGGAGGAACAGCUGAUAAAGAAGGUUAAAACCCAAAGCAGUCAUCUGAAUAUUUCCAAACUAAAAGCAGGAACUUUGUACACUGUUAAAAUAAAGCCAGGUUUUUAUGGAAAUGAAAGUAAAACCAUACAGUGUAAAGUAAAGACAGCUGCCCAGAAGUUUAAUGGGGCGGUUAGGAUAGUGAAUCUGAACUAUAGCUCAGAGUUCAGCAACUCAGGAAGUGAAAAGUAUCAACAAUUUUCAAAGAUGUUUCUUAAUGAAGUCCGAACAUCUUUGCCUCCUAAUAUUCUUCAAAAAAUGGAUGCUGGUAUGAUUAACAUUUCAAUAGUAAGUAUUAUCCCAGGAAGCAUUGUGGUCAACUUCAGCCUCCUGAUUCCAAUAGACAUGGAUGCAAGGAAUGUUUCUGGGUCUCUUCUUGAAGCUUUUCGAAACAGCAGCUUUUUCGAGGUUGAUAAUAGCAGUCUUUCCAUAAACGAUAACAAUGAAUGUGAGAGAGAGGAAACAGAUUGUUCUCCUAAUGCAUCCUGCUACAAUAUUUAUGGGUCUUAUGAAUGCAAAUGCAAAGAAGGAUUUGUCAGUGUAAAUGCUGAGAGACCUGGGAGAAACUGUGAAGGCAAGGUUUCAAUAUUAAUUUUCAUUUUCUUCCAACUCUGCUAUUCUUAUUGCCAUGGAAUUUUUUCUUCAAACUUGUGGUCCCCAUGCAAAGGAUUACAUACACUCUCGGAAGCUCUUGUUCAUGGAGUGGGCAAGGUCCAGUCACCUGAACCUGUCCCUGCAAAAGGCCAUUCUAACACCUCAAAUGGGAAGGCUUCUCAAAGGAUAGAUCUCAAAGUUGUAUUUACUGUAAUUCUUUGUGGGGGGAAAAUGAGUUGUAUAAUGCAAUUUUCAAUAACUUUCCCCUACUUUAUAGUACUUUCUUCUAGCCUUAGCUCUGGAGAUGAACGGUCAAAGGAAUGGAGCAGCACAGCUUUACCCUUGACCUAUCCGUAUACUUCAGACCCCAUGCCUUCAUCUGCCAAGGAUAAUGUUUCUAUUCGUAGUGGCAGAAGCUUGGAGAAUGCAACUGCCAACACUACAAUUAAUAAGAAAAAUAUAAAUCAAACAACAAACAUUUAUGAUUUACCUCAGAACUCGCCCUUGAUUAACAGUUCUGCUGCUGGUUCAAUUAAGGAAGCAGUUCAAAUACUGUGUGAGUUUGAAAAAAUUGUCCUCUCCAUUAAGAAGGACUUUCUGCACCAGCAAUCUAUCCCAGAAACGUCCUUGUAUCUAGGGAAUCCUCGCUGCAAUGUAACCUCCAGUAAUUCUAGUCAUGUGGUACUUCAGACAGACUGGAACGAAUGCGAAACUGAAAUACAAACUAAUACCACACACACCAUUGCAAGAACUGUUCUUCGUAAUGAUUAUUCUUUCCAUGGGGUUAUCCACCACUUAAAGAUUUCAAGUAAAAUUCACUGUAUCUUUCAGAACGAUCUCUUAACUUCAUCUGGAUAUACUUCAGAAGGAGUUUAUACCAUUUUGGAAGAUUUACAUGGAUCUGGACAUUUCUUAACAGAAAUGCGAUUGUUGAUUGGCAAUUCUCCAAUUCCGCAAAAUUUCAGCAUCUCUGGCAGCGAUAAUGUAAUGAUUGAGGUGGGAGUUCAAACAAGAAGCAAGAAACUCAGGGUGGUUGUUGGCCAAUGUUGGGCAACCCCAACCAAUAACUCAAUGGAUCCUCGCUCAUUUCAUUUUAUACAUGGCGGUUGUCCAGUUCCAAAUACAAACACCAAGAUGAUUGCAAAUGGGAUAGCCAACCGAGCCCGAUUUAAACUGAAAAUCUUUUCAUUUGUCAAUGGUUCAGUGGUUUACAUACAUUGCAAAGUCAAAAUUUGUGUUGAACUUCCUAAAAGCACUUGCAGAACGAAUUGCGAGGGUUUCCGCUUUUGGAAAUCAGGUGAAAUUAUUGCUACACCCAAAACAACUUGGGGUCCUCUUCGCAAAUUCAGUGGUAAACCACUAGCUGAAUUAAAAACUGGUAUGGGAGUAGGCUAUAUUGUCCUCAUUGUUAUUGGCGUACUUGUUCUCGCACUGGGAAUAGCAGGACUUUUGGUCUGCCGAUACAAACGCAAGGCUGGGACCUAUGACAUCAAAAGGAGGACUGAGUUUUUUAACUACCGAGCCUUCCAUGAUUGAAAUACAUCUGGAAUCUUUCUAUAAAUAUACUGGUCCAUGAAAUGCUGGAGGUGAAAGACAUAACCAAAGCAGCUGAUACUCAGAUUAUUGGGCCUCUGAGAACUUCUUAUCGGAUUUAUGUUGCUAUUGCAAACCAUUUGCAUCAUUUCAAGAGGGAAGAACAUCCACCAGUGAUUUUGUAAUUGGAUUUAUUUUUGCUCUGCCUCCCAGUUCUCUCUCUCUCUCUGUGUUUUAUAUAUAUAUAACAUACACACACAUCUAUUCAGUAUGUGUAUAUGUAUGUAUGUAUGUAUGUAUGUAUGUAUGUAUGAAUGUAUGUAUAUAUAUAUAUAUAAAUAUGCUGGAAGUUUGUGAAAAUAAGGAUUCCGAAGCGGAACAUAUGUUUCCAAAAAGAUCUGCAAAACUGAUUUAACAUAGGAUUAAAAGUGAUGAAGAAAUUCUGCUUUUUCUGCCAUUUCAGGAGAAAAAUUGAACAUGUUCUUUUAUAAUAAUCUUCCUUAUAUUUAGUGUAAUUUUUAAAUACUGAAUGGAUCAUACAGUGCAAAGUAUCCCUUUCUUAAAACUCAUGUUUCCAUGAAGUUGCUUCUGCAGAUCUCUAAUUCUUACAAUAGUUUUCAGUCCAACAUUCAACUUCAUACAUCUACUUGGCAGAAAACUUAUUCAUUCAAUUUCUGUUUGGAUAGUUAGAAUGGAAGCCCUGAAGGUGGACUUUGAAAUGAAGAAGAAAAAGAAAAAAGGGAGAGACAAAGGAAGGAAGGAAGAGAAAGAAAGAAACCAGAAAACAUUAGUAUAAAUUGAUUGUAAUACAAUAAUACUUGGCUCUUCAAUUAUUUUGGAUGUUUUCUGAGUCUACAAAAUUUACUAGAAUUUUGCUAAAGGAACACCUUUUUAAAAAUUUUACACUGCUUAAUACUGCAGUAAUUGUAGCAAGUAAAAUUGCUGCUGUAAAAUAGAUUGAUUUGGGCAGACUAAGCGCUAAAAGUAAACACAGAAACUCUGCUGAUGUGCUUUUAGAAACUGCUAAAUUUUGGUUAUGUUUAUUAUAAAUCUUCAUUUCAAAGAAUACUAUUUGUCUUAUAAACAUAUAGGAAAGAGGAACUAUUUUUAUAGCUAUUGUUUUUGACUUUCUAUAUCAUACUAAAAUUAAGCGGAUGUUACUGCUACUGUGGCUGAUUUGUGAAGUGAAUAAAGCUGCCAAAUAAAAACUCAGUCUUCAAUUAGAUAUACAAAGCCUAUACACUUACC